UCUCACUCUACAAUUUACUUCAAUCGCAUUAACAUGUCUCGUCGCACUCUUUUCGUCUCUGGCUUCUCCCACCGUACUCGUGCUAGAGAUCUCGCUUAUGAAUUUGAGAGAUACGGCCCACUUGUGCGCUGUGAUAUCCCAGCUCUUCGAAACGAAUCCUCCAAGCCUUAUGCAUUUGUUGAAUUUGAGGAUGAUAGGGAUGCCCGUGAUGCUUAUCAUGAAAUGAGGGAUGUUCGAUUUGAAGGAUAUCGCCUCGACGUGCAGUUUGCAAAGAAUGCACCAAGUGCUUCCUGGAGAUACGAACGUGGCGGUGGCCGUGGACGCUCCAGAUCUCCCCCCCGCCGUGGACGUUCACCUCCUCGCCGCCGCUCCCCUCGUCGUUCGCCUAGCCCUCUGCCGCGCCGACGCUCUUUGAGCCCUCGGGGUCGUAGCCCUAGCCCUCGUGGUCGUCGUCCUCGUUCGCCUAGCCCAGCUCCAGCCCGCCGUCGCUCUUCUGCUUCUCGUUCUCCUAUCCGUGGGCGUGGAGACAAUGAUCGUGAUGGCGAUCAAGCCAUGUCACCUAGACGUUCCCGUUCUCCUGAGCGUAGAGCCUCAGAUGCUGGCAAUGGCCACGAGCGCGCUGAUGGCGGCGUUCGUUCGCGCUCACCCUCGCCUCGUCGCCGCUCGAUCUCUCCUAAACCCCGCUCUGUUUCUCCUUAGUGGUUUUAUCUUGACGACGGAGUUUUGAUCUACAUUUUUGUUUUAUCUGGAUAAAGCAUGGGGUGAGCCAAAACAAAAUUUCUUUUCUCUUUUUAUACUUGAAAGUAGAGCCAAGGGACGAUUGCCAUUGAACUGCG